AUGGAGGGCGCGCCGGGCGCCCACGACAAGAAGAAGAUAAGUUCUGAACGUCGAAAAGAAAAGUCUAGAGAUGCUGCCAGAUCUCGUCGAAGUAAAGAAUCUGAAGUUUUUUACGAACUUGCUCAUCAGUUGCCACUUCCCCAUAACGUGAGCUCACACCUUGAUAAAGCUUCUGUUAUGAGGCUUACCAUCAGCUAUUUACGUGUGAGGAAACUUCUGGAUGCUGGUGAUUUGGAUAUUGAAGAUGAAAUGAAGGCACAGAUGAAUUGUUUUUAUUUGAAAGCUUUGGAUGGUUUUGUAAUGGUUCUCACAGAUGAUGGUGACAUGAUUUAUAUUUCUGAUAAUGUGAACAAGUACAUGGGAUUAACUCAGUUUGAACUAACUGGACACAGUGUAUUUGACUUUACUCAUCCAUGUGACCAUGAGGAAAUGAGAGAAAUGCUUACACACAGAAAUGGCCCGGUGAAAAAGGGUAAGGAGCAAAACACACAGAGAAGUUUUUUUCUGAGAAUGAAGUGUACCCUAACUAGCCGAGGGAGGACUAUGAACAUAAAGUCGGCAACAUGGAAGGUACUACAUUGCACAGGCCAUAUUCAUGUGUAUGAUACCAAUAACAACCAGUCUCAGUGUGGGUAUAAAAAACCACCCAUGACGUGUUUGGUGCUGAUUUGUGAACCUAUUCCUCAUCCAUCAAAUAUUGAGAUUCCUUUAGACAGCAAGACUUUUCUCAGUCGUCACAGCCUGGAUAUGAAAUUUUCUUAUUGUGAUGAAAGAAUUACUGAAUUGAUGGGAUAUGAGCCAGAAGAACUUUUGGGCAGGUCAAUAUAUGAAUAUUAUCAUGCUUUGGACUCUGAUCAUUUAACCAAAACUCACCAUGAUAUGUUUACUAAAGGACAAGUCACCACAGGACAGUACAGGAUGCUUGCGAAAAGAGGUGGUUACGUUUGGGUUGAAACUCAAGCAACUGUCAUAUAUAACACCAAGAACUCUCAACCACAAUGCAUUGUAUGUGUCAAUUAUGUUGUGAGUGGUAUUAUUCAGCACGACUUGAUUUUCUCCCUUCAACAAACGGAAUGUAUCCUCAAACCAGUGGAAUCUUCAGAUAUGAAAAUAACCCAGCUAUUUACCAAAGUUGAAUCAGAAGACACGAGUUGCCUGUUUGACAAACUGAAGAAGGAGCCUGAUGCUUUGACUUUACUGGCACCAGCUGCUGGAGAUACGAUCAUAUCUUUGGAUUUUGGCAGCAAUGAUACAGAAACUGAUGACCAACAACUUGAAGAAGCUCCAUUAUAUAAUGAUGUGAUGCUCCCUUCAUCCAGUGAAAAAUUACAGAGUAUUAAUUUGGCACUGUCUCCAUCACCUGCUUCAGAAACUCCGAAGCCACUUCGAAGUAACGCUGACCCUGCACUCAACCAGGAAGUUGCAUUAAAACUAGAACCAAACCCUGAAUCAUUAGAACUCUCUUUCACAAUGCCCCAGAUUCAAGAUCAGCCUGCCAGUCCUUCUGAUGGAAGCACUAGACAAAGUUCACCUGAGCCUAACAGCCCUAGUGAAUAUUGUUUUGAUGUGGAUAGUGAUAUGGUCAAUGAAUUCAAAUUGGAAUUGGUGGAGAAGCUUUUUGCUGAAGACACAGAAGCAAAGAAUCCAUUUUCCACUCAGGAUACUGACUUAGACUUGGAGAUGCUGGCCCCCUAUAUCCCAAUGGAUGAUGACUUCCAGUUACGUUCCUUCGACCAGCUGUCUCCAUUGGAAAGCAGCACGACAAGUCCUCAGAGUGCAAGCACAAUUUCAGUAUUCCAGACAACUCAAAUGCCAGAACCUGCUCUUACCACUCCCACUACUGAUGAGUUAAAAGCAGUGACUAAAGAUGGUAUGGAAGACAUUAAAGUACUGGUUGCAUCUCCAUCUCCUACCCAUACACCUAAAGAAACUACUAGUGCCACAACCUCACCAUAUAGUAAUACUCGAAGUCGAACAGCUUCACCAAACAGUGCAGGCAAUGGAGUCAUAGAACAGACAGAAAAAUCUCAUCCAAGAAGCCCUAAUGUGUUAUCUGUCACUUUGAGUCAAAGUGUUCCUGACGAAGAACUAAAUCCAAAGAUACUGGCUUUGCAAAAUGCUCAGAGAAAACGAAAAAUAGAACCCGACGGUUCACUUUUUCAAGCAGUAGGAAUUGUAAGUCUGAAAGGAACAUUAAUACAGCAACCAGAUGACCGAACAGCUACUACAUCACUUUCCUGGAAACGAGUAAAAGGAUGCAAAACCAGUGAACAAAAUGGAGUGGAGCAGAAGACAAUUAUUUUAAUACCCUCUGAUUUAGCAUGUCGAUUGCUGGGGCAGUCCAUGGAUGAGAGUGGAUUACCACAGCUGACCAGUUACGAUUGUGAAGUCAAUGCACCUAUUCAAGGCAGCAGGAACCUACUGCAGGGUGAAGAAUUACUCAGAGCUUUGGAUCAAGUUAACUGAGCUUUUUUUUUUUUUUUUUUUUUUUUCAUAAUCUCAUUCCUUUUUUUGGACACUGGUGGCUCAUUACCUAAAGCAGUCUAUUUAUAUUUUCUAUAUCUAAUUUUAGAAGCCUGGCUACAAUACUGCAUAAACUUGGUUCAGUUUUGAUCCCUUUCUACUUAGUUUACAUUAAUGCUCUUUUUUUAGUCCGUUCUUUAAUGCCAGAUCACAGACAGCACAUUUUCACUGUUCUUUAGUAUUUAAACCAUCGCAUUGCAGUAGCAUACAUUUAUAAGAUGCACCUUUUUAAUUUAUUUAUUUUGGGCUAGGGAAUUUGUCCCUUAUUGAAUUAUUUUUUAAAAGAUGCCAAUAUAAUUUUUAGUAAGGCAGUGACCUUUUAUCAUGAUCAGCUCGAAAGGUUUAUAUUCAGUUUUUUCACAUUUUACAUAAAUGAUUUGCCUGCAGUACAUGGUAGCCACUGUUGCACAAUAUAUUUUCUUAAAAAAAUACCAGCAGUUACUCAUGCAAUAUAUUCUGCAUUUAUAAAACUAGUUUUUAAGAAGAUUUUUCCCCCCUUUGGCCUAUGAAGUUGUUAGACCUGGAACAUGACAUUGUUAAUCAUGAUCAUGAUGAUUCUUAAAAAAAUAUACGGUUUAUUAUUUAAGUGGGUAAAGCCAUUUACAUGAUAUAAAUAGAUAGACAUAUAUUUGGGAGGUAUGUAGCAUUUAUUUGGAUAAAGGUUCUCGAUUCAGAGAAAAGAUGUUUCUGUAGUUACACUGCCAGCUCAACGAAUAAAAAAAACACCCUAUCUGUAGUUGUGGACGUUUAUGCUAAUAUUGUGUAAUCGAUAUUAAACCUAAUGUUCUACCCACCUUGUUGGUAUAAAUAUAUUUUGAGCAGAUUGUGAACACGAAAAAAAUCAUGUUUUGUUAGCAAAAUUACCUAGUAUGUUAAUUUGCUCAAAAUUCGAUGUUUGGUCUUAUGCACUUUGUCGUUAUUAACAUCCUUCUGUUUUUUUCACAUAGAUUUCAAUUGAGUAAUUUUAGAAGCUUUAUUUUAGAAAUGUAUAGCUGUCUCGGUAAACAUCUUGUUCUUUGUGCAUUGUACAAAUAUUUCAUUCAUUCCUUUUGCUCUUUGUGGUUGGAUCUAAUACUAGCUGUAUUGUUUUGUUCCAUCAAUAAACAUCUUAGUGGACCAGGUCCCCUUUUAUCAGCUUACAAUAUUUGCUUCCGUACCUCCAGCUCAUAAAAUUGUUUACCAAAAGUUUUAAGUGUGCUAUGGAAAUUAUAUUGGUAUUGAUUAUUUCUACAUUUAUAUUAUCGUCUCAUCUUAAUGUGUACUGUUUCCCUAAUUGUAAAUGUAAUAACACCAUGUCUCAAUGUAAAAAGUAUGCUUUUAGAAAAGAAACUUGUCAUUUAUAAACUUAUGAAUCUAUUAAAGUGAAAAGAAUUUAUAAGUUUUAAUAUGAGUAAGAUGAGUGAAGCAAAUCCUGAACAUUAUUUUACAGUUACUUAUGUAAAGAUUUAAAAUUCUGCUGAAGCUUUGUAUUCCCUUUCACGGAUGGAGAAAAGUGACCUCAAAUGUUGGAAAUAGAAACAAUGAACUCUAAGGGUGACAAAUGCAAACCAAACUUUGGUCUUUGAGUUUUCUGGGGUCAGAGCGAUACUACAGCAAGUAAGGUGUUUGCUUUGCACACUGCCAACUUGGGUUUGAUUUCCCCAGGCACCACAUAUGGUCGGUCCCCUGCAUCCCACCAGGAGAGAUCCCUGAGCACAGCCAGAUGUGGUCCAAAAUACCAAAAAUAAAUAAAAGAAUAAAAGUUAAAAAUAAA